UUUUGACUUUUAAAUGUAUUUCUAAUUUGGGGAAAAAUAUCGCGAUGUAGUGAAGCCGCGAUAAACGAAACGCGAAGUAGCGAGGUAUCACUGUAUAUUAUAUAGAAUUAUAAUAUAGAAUUAUGUUAUUUUAAUGAGAGUUACCACUAGAAAAUGACGCCGACGUUUGGAAAGGCCCAUACAGCAAAAUCAAACUACUUUUUUUUUUUCUAUAAGAUCUGGGCCUUGUCCGUCGUUACAAACGUUGCCUAGCAACAGGUAACAACAACAACAGCGUCUCCACACACCGUUAGCAUAAACGUUCAGCUACUGAAGGUAGGUCACAGCGGUUUGUCUAAGUCGUCAACCUUAAUACACAUAAGUAUAUUUUAAACGUAUUAAAUUCUCAACAGAAAAGGAGACAGAUUGUCAGACAUUUCAAUGACAAGUAUGACUUUAGAGUGCUAGCUGGUUAGCGGCAGAGCCUCACGGACAAAGUUUCCGCGAGUUAACUUCCCUAAAAAAAAGAGAUUCUUGCUUCAACGAGUUGUCAACAUGUCAGUGCCUUUCUGCAACACCCAACUGAGAAUCCCACGGGGAUUCGGUGCCAUUCUGGAAGGACUAGUCCGAGAAAUCCUUCGAGAUCAACCUGCAGAUAUUCCCAAAUAUGCUGCCCUCUACUUCAAGCGUCUUCUCGGCCAACGAGAAAACAGUGGCGUGGAUCCAAUUCAGUGGGCUGCCAGCUUGGAAGAGCGAUUUGACAACGACCGUUCAUUUCAGGAUGGUCCUCAAGCGGGGCCUGAAACAGGAGUUUCUGAAGAAGAAAGACCUGAGCUACAAACCGAAGAAGUGUCCGCUCAGUCCUCAGAGUCCAUACGACCUCAAGACUCCGUAGCAACAACUGAUCAGACUGAUGCUCAAAACGAGCAAGAUCAGGAUGUACCUCCGUCCGAGACACAAACUGGAGUCUCAGGAGGAGACGAGAGCACAGAAGCUGGAGAGUCGAAGAAAGUGGCUGAGGGGGAUGCGAAGGAAGUGGCUCAGGAGGAGGCGAUAGAAGUGGCUGGGGAAGAGGUUCAGGAGAAGGCGAUAGAAGUGGCUCAGGAGGAGGCUCAAGAAAAUUCUCAGGAGGAAGAUCAGGGGGUGGCUGAGGGAGCUCAGUCGGCUAAAGGGGUUUCUGAGGAGGACACUGAAGGGAAAGCCAAGAAGAAUGCUGAGGAAGUGGCUCAGGAGGAGUCUAUAGAAGUGACUCAGGAAGAGGCUCAGGAAGAGGCUCAAGAGAAGGCUGAGGAGUUGGCUGAAGUGAGUGUCGAGGAAGACGCAGAAGGGAGCGCGAAGGACACUGAAGGGACCACUGAGGGGGAAGCUGCCGACCUUAGAAAACCGGAGGCAACCGUGGAGAAUGUCACGGUUGCUGAUAAUCAAGAUGGUAAUUCACAGGCUGCUGAUGAAGAGAGCGCUAAAGGCGAGACAGAAGAAGCUGAAGAAGUUCAAGAUCAGGCUGAAAAGCCAAAUGAGGUGGAAGGAGCCGUAACCGAGGCUCCUAAUGAAGAAGAUGGCCAAUCAGCUGAUACAGAAGGAAAUGUGGACAUCAGUGCUGAACCCACAGAAAAUUCCUCAGUUGAGGUGGGCUCAAUGCAAGCCGAGCCAAGUGAUGAUCAGCGAGAAGGUCUAGAGGAGGUUUCAGAAACGUUGACACAGGAAGCGCAAGUCAGUGAGGAGCCUGAAAAGGAAGGAGAACAAAAUGAUACCAACAAUGAAGAAAUUGAAGGUCAAGCGGCCGAUGCACAUCUCGAGGAGGCCGUGCCAGCGGAUGCACCCGAACCCAGCGAUUAGAAGGAAUUGAGCUUUGUCUUCUUAAGGGUCAUGUGAUCAUGAAAGUCAGCCCGGAUUGUGCCCAGGUGUCAAUACCGUCUUCUUCCUCCUGCGACCGGACGCGUUCCUCCCGUCGAGAAAAUCAUGGCAUGCAGGAGGAACGCAGCAGACCCCAGGAGGAGGAGGACAUCAUGGACAUCCCGCUGGAUGACCCCGAGGCCAACAGGGCAGCCGCCAAGAUCCAGGCGGGCUUCCGUGGCCACAUGACCCGUAAGAAGAUGAAGCCGGAGGACAAAGCAGAAGGAGAGGAGGCGCUCCAGCAGCAGCCGACUGAAUCGUCAUUCUCUAAGCGCUGAUAAAUGAACCUGCUUCUCAACACAUUGUUCAAUCACCAGAGAGAUGUUAACGUUGUCAUUUAGUCGAAUUGAAAUGGUAAUUGAGGAGACAGCCGCUCUUUAGAAGACGCUGUUAAAAAUGAAAAAGGGUUGCACUUGUUUCUGUGGUUGCUAACAAAGAUACGUGGUGGUUAUUUUUGUUUUGAUUUGCAAGACAAGAAAUAAAUAUAAACAACACAACAAUUGUCAAAGUUGUAAUGUCAUUAUCUUGUAUAAGCAAUGGAGAUCCUGAUGCCGGGUCCUGACUGUUGUUUGUGUCUAUGCACCAAACGGCAGCUCAGAGUACCCACCCUUUUUGGAGCCCCUGGAGGAAGUGCUGGAGAGCGCUCCUUCUGGGGACUCCAUUGUACUACUGGGUGACUUCAAUGCUCACGUGGGCAAUGACAGUGAGACCUGGAAGGGCGUGAUUGAGAGGGAAAAAAGAUUUUAGGACAAUAAAUUAGUUAAAUUUUGCGCAUUAUACAUGGAAAAAAACGGUAGGUUGAUGUGACCAAAA